UGCCAUGCGGCAAUGUUUUUAUGCCAUAUGGCAUUUUCUUUGCCAUGUGGCAAAAUGGAUUUUGACAUGUGUCUUUUUUUGGUUUAUGCCAAAAUGCAUUUCGGUUUGUGGCAUUUUUGGGGAAUGUAUAUUGCAUUUUUGGAGGGUGUAUAUAGCAGUUUUUGCAGGCCAUGUACCUCCAUGCCAUAGACGGCUAUGCACAUCCAAAUUUUCCAAAUGGCAGAAUAACGUGUGGCUGUGAUUUUUGAACAUACACUUUACAUUAUAGGUCAAAGACAUUCAACUGGCACCCAACUCAGGCUUUGCCAUUGACGGCUAUGCACGUCCAAAUUUUCCAUUAUCUUUAAAUGCCAGAAAAACAUGAGUGGCUGUGAUUUUUGACCAUACACUUUACAUUACAGGUCAUUGACAUUCAACUGACACCCAAGUCAGGUUAUGCCAUUGACGGCUUUGCACGCAUUAAAAAUGCCACACGGCAAAAACCAUUUUGCCACAUGGCAAAUGCCACUUUUGGUUCUCGAACCUGCUGUAAAAAAGCUAAUUUUUUAGGCUACUCUGAUUCUUCUAAAGUCUAGAGCAGCUACAGAGUAUAAAACAUAAACAUACUACACAAUCAUGUGUGAUUUUUACCUAUUUACGUCCAUAUUUCAAAGGUUUUAUUUUGGAAGUGAGCGGAAAUAUUCCCGUCAUUCGACCAGCUUUUGUUUUGCAAGGGAGCGGAAGUCAUCGUCGUCUUUUGUCUCGCUCGCUCGCCGCCAGCUCAUCUCUUUUACGCGCACGAUCGAGCGGCUUGAGAACAACGUCUUGCAGGCCCGCUCCCUAUCCGAACCCCGGUCCGGGUUCGCCUUAUCCCCGCAGCGAGAUGUUACGAGCCCCCGGCGGCUUGACGCGAACACCGCCGCAGCCGCUCCAGGGACACAGCGAUGCUUUUCAAACGGAGAGCCAGGAUGCUGAGAGGGUUGGCGUGCGGCCGGGUGGGUCCGCUUUGGAUGUGGAAAGCGCUCCUGCUCUUCGGGGCUGUCAUUUUCACAGGACAACUACUGGUAAUCAUCUUCAGCAAGAGCGACCAGCAGGUCGCUCACUCCGUCUUCUCCUCCCCUGAUGCCCGGGGCCCGGCUUUGGGGCCUUGCCAGCCCCACAACCACAUCAUGUUCCUCAAGACUCACAAGACUGCCAGCAGCACCGUGCUCAACAUGCUGUAUCGUUUCGGAGAAGAGCGCGGUCUCCGUUUCGCCCUGCCGCUGGGCUACCAGCUGGGCUACCCGCUGCCCUUCAACGCCCACAGAGUCAAGGGAUACCGGGGGCCUAGAGUCGUGGAGUUCCACAUUAUGGCCAAUCACAUGAGAUUUCAAAAAGCAGAGGUGGAGAAGGUGAUGCCCGCCGAUACCUUCUACUUCUCCAUCAUCAGGGAUCCUCUGGCUCUGGCCGAGUCGUCCUUCGCCUAUUACAAAGAAGUGGCGCCGGCUUUCCGGAAGGCAAAAGGCCUGGGCGACUUUGCGGACAACGCGGGUAAAUACUACGACCCCCACGCCCGCAACAACCACUACGCCCGCAACUUGCUGUGGUUCGACUUCGGCUUGGACCACAAUGCUAACUUCUCAGAGGGGCUGGCACGGCACGGCGAGGCGGCGGUGCGCCGGGCCUUCAAGCUGGUCCUAGUGUCAGAGUUCUUCGACCAAUCCAUGAUACUCCUACGCCACGUUCUGUGCUGGCCCCUGGACGCCGUGGUGUCCUUCAGCCUGAACGCGCGGCAGCAGAAGCCGGACGCGUUCGGCGACAGGCGGAUGGGGAAGAUCCGCGGCCCCAAAGCGCCGCCCGAUCUGGUCCUAACCGAGGAGCAGCGGGAGAAGCUGCGCCGGUGGAACGCAUUGGACUGGCACUUGUACCAAGCCUUCAACCGGACCUUCUGGCGGGAAGUGGACGCCUUCGGAUUGGCGCGGAUGGAACGGGAGGUGACUCUGCUGCGGAGUCGGCGCGAGGCUCUCGCCGGGGUCUGCCUGAGGGACGGCGGCAAGCCCGUUGAGGCCCACCGCAUCCGGGAUAAAACCAUCAGGCCCUAUCAGAGCGGCUUCGGGAAGAUUCUGGGCUACGAGCUGAGGCCGGGGUUGGACAACGUCACCAGGACCGCCUGCCUGAGGAUGAUCAUGCCCGAGAUUCAGUACAAAGACGCGCUAGACGCCAAACAAUUCCCCAGGGUGCAGGCGCCACAGGCCCCGCCGCCAGGGCAGCGGAGCUCAGUGCCCAACUCUUGAUAGGUCUUUUUUUUUUCAACCUGGACCAAUGGUCUGGGACGAAAGAGGGGGAACCGGGUCUGAGAUGGAAGUCGCCAACAGAAGAAAAUCCUAAAUUACAAAUCUUGAAGUAGGAAGAAAAAAAUGGCACUAUUUUGCCAGGAAAAAAAAGUCUUGCUAGACAAACGUCAUUUUAUGGGAAUUAGUUACGAGUUUUAUUCCCCGAUUAUUUACAAAAAAAAAACUGUGGCGUUUAUAUAUGAACCAAGUCAUGCGAAAACGUAAUUGGCUAACAUUUUAUUCAAGACUUUUCUAAAUUUUCUAGAAAUAUUUGGAUUUUUUUCCACAAAUCAGAACUUUAGUUGGACUAGAACUGUCUUCCCAUCACCGUCUCAGUUUCCCUUGUUGUAUUUGUACACACUUGAAUAGAUACUUGAGUAUUAACUCUUUCAGUGCCAUUGACGAUGAUGAGACGCCCAAUGGUGUGGCUCUUAAAAAUUGAGUUAAAAUGGUUCGAAUGAGUCAGUGGCAGCCAAUGAGGUACUUUUUCAGACUGGAAUAAUGAACUAUUUCAUGUUUUUUGCACAACUGUAAGCUAUUUCUGGCUGUGAGAAUUUAGUAGGAUUUUGUAAAAAUAGACAAGUACCGUAAUUUUCUGACAAUAAUGCUCUACUUUUUUCCCCUCAUUUUGAAUCCCGCGGCUUAUACGUUGAUUUAUUUGGAUUAAUAGGUAACACUUUAUUUGACAGCAGUGUCAUAAGGCAGUCAUAAUUAUGGCAUGACACUAUAAUAGGCAUUAAUGAUAUUAUGAAUUAUGUUACUCCAUUUAUGUCAAGCUCGGAUCUUCACAUACAUUUAAACAUGAGGUAAUUUAGCGGACGACACAAAAUGACAUGUCAUAAGCAUUCAUCAAUGCUCAUGGCAGUGUCAUGUCAUUAUUAUGACGGUCUUAUGUCAAAUUGUCAAAUAAAGUGUUGUCAAAUUACAUUACUAACAACUAAUGAAACAACUGGAACAGUAACUGAAGAAAUAAUUAGCACAGAACAAGAAUUUAGUUUUUUGUUUUUUUUUUUACAUUUGUAACUCUGCAAUGCAUGUUAGGAGGCAUGUUGGAUGACAACAGUGUUGACAGCAGAGGUUGACUGUCUCCCCCAAGUGAGCAAUGAUGGCCAAAUGAAGCUUCUUGAAGCACUGAAGCUUUGCAGCCAAUUGGUUCAAAGCUUCAUGAUGGUUCAUUUGCUCUAAUGACAGUCUUGUGGUGCCACUGUCUAAAAAAAGUGUUUCCAAGUAAUAUAACUAGCAAUUAAUGAAACAACUGGAACAGUAACUGAAGAAAUAAUUAGCACAGAACAAACAUUUUGAUUGUUACUUACAUCUGUAAUGCUGCAACGCAUGUUAGGAGGCAUGUUGGACGACAACAGUGUUGACAGCAGAGGUUGACUGUCUCCCCCAAGGGAGCAGUGAUGGCCAAAAGAAGCUUCUUGAAGCACUGAAUCAGGGGUUCCCAACCUAUUCCACUAAGGCACACUGUGGGUGCAGGAUUUCAUUCUUACCAAACAAGAUGACAACACUUUUUCCCCAAUCUGGUGUUUUACAAGUGCAAUCAGUUGAUUGCAGUCAGGUGUGGCUUGUUUUAGCAGAAGCCUCAUUGGUUCAACUGUCUCUGCUGGAUCGGCUGGAACAAAAACCAGGACCCACAGUGUGCCUUGAGGACUGGGUUGAAAACCCCUGCACUGAAUAGUGGUUCAUUUGAUCUUAUGACUGUUUAAUGGCACCUCUGUAAAAUACAGUGUUACCAAAUGCCAUAACUAGCAAUUAAUGAAACAAAUGGAACAGUAACUGAAGAAAUAAUUAGCACAGAGCACGAAUUUUGAUUGUUAUUUACAUCUGUAACGCAGCAAUGCAUGUUAGGAGGCAUGUUGGACGACAACAGUGUUGACAGCAGAGGUUGAGUGUCUCCGCUAAGGGAGCAGUGAUGCCCAAAUGAAGUUUCUUGAAGCACUGAAGCUUUGCAGCCAAUUGGUUCAAAGCAUCAUGGUGGUUCAUUUGAUCUAAUGACAGUCUUAUGGUGCCACUGUCUAAAAAAGUGUUACCAAAUAACAUAACUAGCAAUUAAUAAAACAACUGGAACAGUAACUGAAGAAAUAAUUAGCAAAGAACAAACAUUUUUAUUGUUACUUACAUCUGUAAUGCUGCAACGCAUGUUAGGAGGCAUGUUGGACCACAACAGUGUUGACAGCAGAGGUUGACUGUCAUACCAAAUGCCAUAACUAGCAAUUAAUGAAACAAAUGGAACAGUAACUGAAGAAAUAAUUAGCAUAGAACAUGAAUUUGGAUUGUUAUUUACAUUUGUAACGUUGCAAUGCAUGUUAGGAGGCAUGUAGGACGACAGCAGUGUUGACAGCAGAGGUUGACUGUCUCCCCCAAGUGAGCACUGAUGGCCAAAUGAAGCGUCUUGAAGCACUGAAGCUUUGCAGCCAAUUGGUUUAAAGCUUCAUGAUGGUUCAUUUGAUCUUAUGAAAGUCUAAUGGCACCACUGUCAAAUCAAGUGUUACUAAAUACCAUAACUAGCAAGUCGUGAAACAACUGGAACAGUAACUGAAGAAAUAAUUAGCACAUAACAUGAAUUUUGAUUGUUAUUUACAACUGUUACGCUGCAAUGCAUGUUAGGAGGCAAGUUGGAUGACAACAGUAGAGACAGCAGAGGUUGACAGUAUCCCCCAAGGGAGCAGUGAUGGCCAAAUGAAGCUUCUUGAAGCAAUUGCAGCCAAUUGGUUCAAAGCUUCAUGGUGGUUCAUUUGAUUUGUGACAGUCGUAUGAUGUCGCUGUCAAAUAUAGUGUUACUAGUUAAUAUCUAAUGGCGUAAAUAUCCCAUAAUACAAUGAGGACAGCUGCGGAUUAUAGUCCAGUGAGUCUUAUCUAUGAACAAAUGCAGUUUUCAUGUCAAAUUUGGUGGGUGGCGGCUGAUAGUCAGGUGAGCCUUAUAGUCUGAAAAUUACGGUACACUGAAAUACUGGAAUAUUUCCUAUUAAAUUCUUGUGAACUUGCGUUUCCUCAAAUAGUGGCUUUUAGAAAGAAAUCAGCAGCCUUUUUCAAUAUUUAUGAAAGUAGUUCCUGCCUUUUUUAAUGAUGAUUAUUUAUUUGUACAGUCUGAUAUGGAAUAAGUCUUGAAAAUGCAAUGGUACGAAUGAAGGCCUUCUUCUGGUACGCCACUAAAUAACAGUGUUUGGCCACUAUUUGGGGAAUAUAUUGUCACCAGAGAAGCCAAAUCAUGUGAUUACUUGUCUUUUUUUUUUUCCUUGGAAAGCGCAUGGUUUUCUGGAAGCGAACAAUGCGUCCAUUGAUAAUUUAUCACCGGUUGACAAUAACUUUAGUGUUCAAGUCCAUGAAAUAAAAAGUCACACAGACAAGAGUGGCGAGUUACCUUUUUGUGCUCUGGUUCUACAUGUAGGAGGUGUUUCAUGAAUUAGUAAAAAAAAACAA